AUGGCAUGGCGAAACGGCCUAUUUUGUGCGGUGAUUGCCGUUGCGUCUGUCUCUACCGUCUCUACCGUCUCUGCCAUCUCUGCCAUCUCUUCCACCUCUUUGCUGUUUCUUCUGCAUCGGACGGGAUCUGUUCUGGCCUCUGUUCUGGUCCUUGAAUCUAUCGAUUAUGUCGUUGCUCAUACGCACGUAUUUGAUUUGACUUCCACGCACAUACACCUCGGGCACCUUUUCGAAGUUGAGACCAUGCUGGUCGACGGUGACGGCGUCGAUGAGCGUGAGAUUCAUCCAGGAAUCACAGUUGUCGAGCAGUCCGUUGACCGUCUCGCCCGACUUCAACUCCACCAAAAUCGGCUGCUUUUUCACAGACGUGAGCAAAUACAAGGGAAGCAUGUUGUUGAACAAAAUUAA